CUCGUGCUCGCUUAAAGGGGCGCGCCCUGCACCCCCCACUGCCGGCACCGCCCACUCCCCUCCCCGGGGCCGCUCCUCCCACCGCUCCGAGAGCCGGCGGCUGCUGCGGCCGCGAGAGGCCCCUCCUUCACGCCCUCCUUUCCCUCGCUCGCUGCCGAGCGGAGCCGGCCGUCCGGCUGGGCCCCCGACUCUCCCCGGCCAUGGCCGGUAACGUGAAAAAGAGCUCUGGCGCCGGGGGCGGUGGCGGCUCCGGAGGCUCGGGCUCGGGCGGCCUGAUCGGGCUCAUGAAGGACGCCUUCCAGCCGCACCACCACCACCACCACCUCAGCCCCCACCCGCCGGGGACUGUGGACAAGAAGAUGGUGGAGAAGUGCUGGAAGCUCAUGGACAAGGUGGUGCGGUUGUGUCAGAACCCAAAGCUGGCGCUGAAGAAUAGCCCACCUUAUAUCUUAGACCUGCUGCCAGAUACCUACCAGCAUCUCCGUACUAUCUUGUCAAGAUAUGAGGGGAAGAUGGAGACACUUGGAGAAAAUGAAUAUUUUAGGGUGUUCAUGGAGAAUUUGAUGAAGAAAACUAAGCAGACCAUAAGCCUCUUCAAGGAGGGGAAAGAAAGAAUGUAUGAGGAGAAUUCUCAGCCUAGGCGAAACCUAACCAAACUGUCCCUAAUCUUCAGCCACAUGCUGGCAGAACUAAAAGGCAUCUUUCCAAGUGGACUUUUUCAAGGAGAUACAUUUCGGAUUACUAAAGCAGAUGCUGCAGAAUUCUGGAGAAAAGCUUUUGGGGAAAAGACAAUAGUCCCUUGGAAGAGCUUCCGACAGGCCCUACAUGAAGUGCAUCCCAUCAGUUCUGGGCUGGAGGCCAUGGCUCUGAAAUCCACUAUUGAUCUCACCUGCAAUGAUUAUAUUUCAGUUUUUGAAUUUGACAUCUUUACACGACUCUUUCAGCCCUGGUCCUCCUUGCUCAGAAAUUGGAACAGUCUUGCUGUAACUCAUCCUGGUUACAUGGCUUUCCUGACAUAUGAUGAAGUGAAAGCUCGGCUCCAGAAAUUCAUUCACAAACCUGGCAGUUACAUCUUCCGGUUAAGCUGUACUCGUCUGGGUCAGUGGGCUAUUGGGUAUGUUACUGCUGAUGGGAAUAUUCUCCAGACAAUCCCUCACAAUAAACCUCUCUUCCAAGCACUGAUUGAUGGCUUCAGGGAAGGCUUCUAUUUGUUUCCUGAUGGACGAAAUCAGAAUCCCGACCUGACGGGCUUAUGUGAACCAACUCCCCAAGAUCAUAUCAAAGUGACCCAGGAACAAUAUGAAUUAUACUGUGAGAUGGGCUCUACAUUCCAACUGUGUAAAAUAUGUGCUGAAAAUGAUAAAGAUGUAAAGAUUGAGCCCUGUGGACACCUCAUGUGCACAUCAUGUCUUACAUCGUGGCAGGAAUCAGAAGGUCAGGGCUGUCCAUUCUGCCGAUGUGAAAUCAAAGGUACUGAGCCCAUUGUGGUAGAUCCGUUUGAUCCUAGAGGAAGUGGCAGCCUAUUGAGGCAAGGAGCAGAAGGAGCUCCCUCCCCAAAUUAUGAUGAUGAUGAUGAUGAACGAGCUGAUGAUUCUCUGUUCAUGAUGAAGGAAUUGGCAGGUGCCAAGGUGGAACGUCCUCCUUCUCCAUUCUCUAUGGCUCCACAAGCUUCCCUUCCCCCAGUGCCACCACGACUUGACCUUCUGCAACAGCGAGUAUCUGUUCCUUCAAGUACUUCUGGUCUGGGAACUGCUUCUAAGGCUGUUUCUGGCUCCCUUCACAAGGACAAACCAUUGCCAAUACCUCCCACACUUCGAGAUCUUCCCCCACCACCUCCUCCAGACCGGCCAUAUUCUGUUGGAGCAGAGGCCCGGCCUCAGAGACGCCCCCUGCCUUGUACACCAGGCGACUGUCCAUCCAGAGACAAACUGCCCCCUGUCCCCUCUAGCCGCCUUGGGGACUCAUGGCUACCCCGACCAAUCCCCAAAGUACCAGUAGCUACUCCGAGCCCUAGUGACCCCUGGACAGGAAGAGAAUUAACCAACCGGCACUCACUUCCAUUUUCUUUGCCAUCACAAAUGGAGGCCAGAGCAGAUGGGUCUAGGCUUGGAAGCACAUUCAGUCUGGAUACCUCCAUGAGUAUGAAUAGCAGCCCAUUAGCAGGUCCAGAGUGUGAACACCCCAAAAUCAAACCUUCCUCUUCUGCCAAUGCCAUUUAUUCUCUGGCUGCCAGACCUCUUCCUGUGCCAAAACUGCCACCUGGGGAGCAGGGUGAGAAUGAGGAGGACACAGAAUAUAUGACUCCCUCUUCUAGGCCAAUAGGGAUCCAAAAGCCAGAACCAAAACGGCCUUUGGAGGCAACCCAGAGUUCACGAGUAUGUGAUUGUGACCUGCAGAUUGAUAGCUGUACCUAUGAAGCAAUGUAUAAUAUUCAGUCCCAGGCGCCAUCUGUCACCGAGAACAGCACCUUUGGUGAAGGGAAUUUGGCUGCAGCCCACACCAACACUGGCCCUGAAGAAUCAGAAAAUGAGGAUGAUGGAUAUGAUGUCCCUAAGCCACCUGUGCCAGUUGUGCUGGCCCGCCGAACUCUCUCAGACAUCUCUAAUGCCAGCUCCUCCUUUGGCUGGUUGUCUCUGGAUGGUGAUCCCUCAACAAACUUCACUGAGGGUUCCCAAGUUCCUGAGCGGCCCCCUAAACCAUUCCCUCGAAGAAUCAACUCUGAACGAAAAGCAGGUAGCUGUCAGCAAGGUGGCAGUGCUACCGCCACACCUCCUGCUGCCUCCUCACCUCAGCUCUCCAGUGAGAUCGAGAACCUCAUGAAUCAGGGUUACUCCUAUCAGGACAUUCAGAAAGCUUUGGUCAUUGCCCACAACAACAUUGAAAUGGCCAAAAACAUCCUCCGGGAAUUUGUUUCUAUUUCUUCCCCUGCCCAUGUGGCCACCUAGCACAUCCCUCCCUGCAGCGGCUUCAGAGGACCCACGAGCCAGGCUCUUACUUAAGGAGCACCUAGGAGGGCAGAGGCUCCUUUGGGGACUUCACAAUGAGGUCCUGCCCUCUCUGUAGGUAUCACACCUGUGGUUCCAAGAUUUCAAAGCAGUGGAAUGAAAAUGGA